CAAAAGCCAAACUGCAAACAACUCUGGCGAUGCCAAAAUUCCUCUCCAAGUGACACGGCUUUGCGAAGGAGGCUUUUCCCGAGACUGGGCUGCCGCGCGCGGCGCAUCGCCCUCUGCCUUCCUCGCGGACGAUACCAGCCUUCGCUUUGGCGAUAGGAAUUUAGAUGAAAAAGCUGCGCCUAACUCUAUCGCCACAUCAAACUCUUUGGACUGGUUAAAAUAAAAAAAAAUAUAUCUGUCGUGGAAGGACAGUCCAUCGUCAAAGAGGAUCAGCAUAGGAGGCGAUGGAAGUUUUCCCCUUGUUCUUGGUGUUGUCCGUCUGGUGGUCUCGAUCCUGGGACUCGGCGACUGCGGAUUCGAUCAUCCACAUCGGAGCAAUUUUUGAUGAAUCUGCCAAAAAGGAUGAUGAGGUAUUUCGUACAGCAGUUGGUGACCUCAACCAGAAUGAAGAAAUCCUACAAACUGAGAAAAUCACAUUUUCAGUGACGUUUGUUGAUGGCAACAACCCCUUUCAAGCUGUCCAAGAAGCUUGUGAACUGAUGAACCAGGGCAUCUUAGCUCUGGUCAGCUCCAUUGGCUGCACAUCAGCAGGGUCGCUCCAGUCCUUGGCAGACGCCAUGCAUAUCCCCCACCUCUUCAUUCAGCGUUCAACAGCUGGGACCCCAAGAAGUGGCUGUGGGCUCACCAGGAGCAAUAGGAAUGAUGACUACACCCUCUCAGUUCGCCCACCUGUCUAUUUGAAUGAAGUUAUCCUACGAGUGGUCACCGAGUAUGCCUGGCAAAAAUUCAUUAUAUUCUAUGACAGUGAGUACGAUAUCCGGGGAAUACAGGAGUUUUUGGACAAAGUGUCUCAGCAGGGCAUGGAUGUUGCCCUUCAGAAGGUUGAGAACAACAUAAAUAAGAUGAUCACCACUCUCUUUGACACUAUGAGGAUAGAGGAAUUGAAUCGCUAUCGAGACACUCUUAGACGAGCCAUUCUGGUUAUGAAUCCUGCCACAGCUAAAUCCUUCAUUAGUGAGGUGGUGGAAACUAAUCUGGUUGCUUUUGACUGUCACUGGAUCAUCAUAAAUGAGGAGAUAAAUGAUUUGGAUGUCCAGGAACUUGUAAGAAGGUCAAUCGGAAGGUUAACAAUUAUCAGGCAGACAUUUCCAGUCCCUCAGAACAUAAGUCAACGCUGUUUCCGUGGUAACCAUCGAAUAUCUUCAACACUGUGCGAUCCAAAGGAUCCAUUCGCUCAGAAUAUGGAGAUUUCAAACCUGUACAUAUACGACACGGUGCUUCUGCUCGCCAAUGCUUUUCAUAAGAAACUGGAGGACCGAAAGUGGCACAGCAUGGCAAGUUUGUCAUGUAUUAGAAAGAACUCAAAGCCCUGGCAGGGAGGACGCUCCAUGCUGGAGACUAUCAAGAAGGGUGGAGUUAAUGGCUUGACUGGAGAGUUAGAGUUUGGAGAAAAUGGAGGGAAUCCCAAUGUCCACUUUGAAAUCCUCGGAACCAACUACGGAGAAGAACUUGGCAGAGGUGUGCGUAAACUUGGAUGCUGGAAUCCUGUGACAGGUCUCAAUGGAUCACUGACUGACAAGAAACUGGAAAAUAACAUGCGGGGUGUGGUUCUGCGUGUGGUGACUGUGCUGGAGGAACCUUUUGUUAUGGUCUCAGAAAAUGUUUUGGGAAAGCCAAAGAAAUACCAGGGCUUCUCCAUUGAUGUUCUGGAUGCCUUAUCUAACUACCUGGGCUUUAACUAUGAAAUUUAUGUUGCACCGGAUCACAAGUAUGGAAGCCCUCAGGAAGACGGCACAUGGAAUGGAUUAGUGGGAGAACUUGUUUUCAAGAGAGCCGACAUAGGGAUUUCUGCUUUAACCAUCACUCCAGAUCGUGAGAAUGUUGUGGACUUUACAACACGUUAUAUGGAUUACUCUGUGGGAGUCCUACUCCGAAGGGCUGAAAAGACAGUGGAUAUGUUUGCCUGUCUUGCACCAUUUGAUUUGUCUCUAUGGGCCUGUAUUGCUGGUACAGUCCUUCUGGUGGGUCUACUGGUCUACCUCUUGAACUGGCUUAAUCCCCCACGGUUACAGAUGGGAUCAAUGACAUCUACUACACUCUACAACUCCAUGUGGUUUGUGUAUGGUUCCUUUGUACAGCAAGGUGGGGAAGUCCCUUACACAACUUUGGCUACCAGAAUGAUGAUGGGGGCCUGGUGGCUAUUUGCUUUGAUUGUCAUCUCAUCUUAUACAGCAAACCUUGCCGCUUUCCUCACUAUUACCCGCAUUGAAAGCUCCAUCCAGUCUCUCCAGGACCUGUCCAAGCAAACAGAAAUCCCUUAUGGCACAGUCCUGGACUCUGCAGUGUAUGAGCAUGUCCGUGUGAAGGGUUUAAAUCCUUUUGAGAGGGACAGCAUGUACUCCCAAAUGUGGCGAAUGAUCAACCGAAGCAAUGGAUCAGAGAACAAUGUCCUGGAAUCCCAAGCAGGCAUUCAAAAGGUAAAAUAUGGAAAUUAUGCCUUUGUAUGGGAUGCAGCUGUAUUAGAGUACGUGGCUAUCAAUGACCCAGACUGCUCGUUUUACACUAUUGGGAACACAGUGGCUGACCGGGGAUAUGGAAUUGCUUUGCAACACGGCAGUCCUUAUCGAGAUGUUUUCUCACAAAGGAUCUUGGAGCUUCAGCAGAGUGGUGACAUGGACAUCCUGAAGCACAAGUGGUGGCCUAAGAAUGGGCAGUGUGACCUGUACUCUUCGGUGGACACAAAGCAGAAGGGCGGCGCCUUGGACAUCAAGAGCUUCGCUGGUGUUUUCUGUAUCCUGGCUGCAGGCAUCGUGCUCUCCUGCUUCAUAGCCAUGCUGGAGACAUGGUGGAAUAAGAGAAAGGGCUCCCGGGUCCCAUCCAAAGAGGCCUCAUCCCUGCAGAAAGAAACGACAGUAGCUGAGAGAAGGAAUGCGUGGCCUCUGAGGCCAUGUUUGAAACUCGGGAGCAACACCUGGAGAAGCCAGGCAGCCAGCCACGGCUUGCACCAAUCAGCACAACGAGGAGGACCUCUCGAUGACCCUUAACCUCUGCCGUCCCCAGAGCGGCUGAUCUCUUUCCCACCUCUUGAUUUCAGGACUCCCUCGCUCCUGAGUACCCGUACCUGGUGAACCGAUGUACUAUCUCUUAAAUGGAAAAUUCUGAUCCAGUUCAAGAAAGCUGUCCUCACAAGGCUGUGGCCACCAAAAAUCCUUGCUGCACCCCACUCACAAGAGCAGCCAAGGGACUGCUGCUUCCAGCCACAGGGAGCCAAUUUUGCCCGUGCCAGCCCAUCAGCCUGAGGGAUGCUUCUGGGUAAUGACUUUUGCCUGUGUGUCCCAGUCAAGAGCACUCAGCCUGAGGUCCAGGUCAGAGUCAUAGGAGUUUUGUCCGCAUCUUCUACCUGUUCAAGACUCACACAAUCUCAGCCCUGGGUCUUGAGACUUCUCAUGGCUAAAGAUACAGGGAGAUGUGAAGGACCAAGGAGAAUGUGCCUUGGCAGAACUUAACCAGAAAAGGAGCCUUCUUCCGACCCUUACUGAAUCAAUUGUGAUUGUUUAAUUGUAUUUGGAGACUUGUCAUAGAUUUUUUGUCUCUAAGUAUGUUAUCUUCAUAUUUACAGAAAAGGACUACUUUUCUCCAUGCCAAGGGGCAUUUACUUUUAUCCAGUGUCUGAAAGGUGCACAUGUUGCAUGGAUUCUUGGCUAAUGUACAGCCUUUAUUUUGAAUCCAUAGCUAGCAUAUUGUCACCAAAAACAGGCAUCAUUUGGAUGCUGUGGUUCCGUCCUGGCAUUGCAGUGCCCGUGUAUGCUACCCGUCCAGAGACAGCUGAGUUCUCCCCAGUCCCAUACCCGCAUUCAUCUCCAAUACCUAUUCCAUGCAAAUAGUCUCUUAAACAAAAUAGGGAAGCAUCCCAUGAAACAUACCAACCCCUUAUGACCUCGGUUUUUAUGAGGACCUGCUCUGCUCCAAGCAUUGUAUUAAAUUCUGGUAAUACAACGGUUAAGUCAUGUUUUUACCCAAGGAAGUUUCCAUUUCAGUGGGGAAGUCAGAGGAGUCACCAGCCUGAUGAAUUCUGCAGUAGUGCCGCGAUGGCUGUGAGAUUCCCAGGCUCUGUUCCUUGAUUGCCAAGACCCAGGCUCACUCCCAGAGGAUCUUCUAACAUGCCAAAGCAACCCUCAAGGUGAAAGCCAACACACAAUCUUCCAUGGCAGAACCUUUGAAGGUGGCGAUCCAAUGGAUUCCAGUCUCUGAAGUGUUAGUUCUUAACCACCUGACUUGUAAACAACCUAGAUGUUCACUUACAGAGUACCUUCCCCAAUUGCUCAUCAAACUGACAAUUCUCAGUCCAUAGCUCAUGUGUGAAAAAUCAGGUUUUGAAGUCAGAAGACAUGGCUUUCAAUUUUGGCCCAGACACAUACCAUGACUGUGGGCGAAUCACUUACACUUUUUGUCUUUGGUGUCUGUCUUUACAAAAUAAAAAAUUUAAAAAUAUAUAUUAUAUGCUGUACCUACCUCACAGGGUUGUUGUGAGAAUCAAGUGAAACCAUGUAAAAAUGCUUUGUAUCAUUUCAAAGCUAUCAUUUUUAGUCACCACAUUUCCAAGUGUUCUUCAUCCUCACUACCAAAUGCAAUGCCAUACUUUGUCAUGAGGAUAUAUUCUUAUCCAGCCUCUGCCCUGCUCAAGGAAGUGGCACAUUGAAAACCAAGGUCAUACCCUACUAGAUAUCUUAUUUCAAUACAGAAUUCUCCUGCUUCCCAGAAUGACCAAGGUACGGAAAAGACCAAAGCCAAGGCCCUAUAGACAUUUCAAAACCAAUGCACAAUUACCCUUAGACAGCUGCCACCCUUCUUCAUAAAAGGCUAUCACAUCCCAAGACUUAUGACAGAGGGUCCAUGAUUGACCCCAGAAAACUAACCAGACUGCAGUAGUCCAGGGUGUCAACUAGGUUCCAGUUGUUAGGGAAUCACCAGUAUUGCAGUGUGGUGCGCACCUCAUG